UCCACACAGAUGUUGAUCAUUCAGCUAAUUGCUCACUGAGUGACUGACUCUAUAAGAUGUGUCAGUGUCUUCCAUUGUCUGGAUUGUUUUAGUCAUGGUGACUCACCUUAGCCUAGGUGUGGUAGUCCUGGCUGUUGCAGGAGCCGUUGCUAAUGCAGAUAUCAAUGUAGAGUGUCGAAAGGACUCAGUGAGAAUCACAUGGAAGAUAACGCCCGAGUUGGUGCCAUACGCAGCUCGUCUCUUCCUUGGAAACUGCAUGGCCUCCCAGCUGUCUGUUCUGCCCACCGGAGAGGGCGAAGCAAAGUUCGACUACAAACUGGCUGACUGCAAAUUCAGAAGACUGAUGAAAGGAAAACGCCUCAUGUAUAAAAAUGAGCUGACUUACAGGCCGCAACCGAAGUCAAAACCCGCAGCCUUCACCUAUCCUGUUGAGUGUGUUUAUAAAAGACCUGAGGGGUGGGUUCCCCCAUUCCUGAGGCCUGGAUCGAGUGUUGCAGAGGGUCAUGGUGAACUGGUCUUCCACAUGGCGCUGCUCAAUGAGCAGCUAACCGGAAUAGCAAAGACUAAUAUCAUCCCCCUGGGCUCAUUCAUUCCAAUAUGGGCAGCAGUGGACCAGAAGUCCCAUCAGCCCUUGUUGCUCCUUAUGGAAGAGUGUGUGGCGGCUACCACACCUGAGCUGCAGCCACACAGCCAGGUCUACCCCAUAAUCACCAAUAAAGGAUGUCUUUCAGAUGGCAAGAAGGCAAACUCCAGGUUCCUACCUCGGUACCAUUCCUCUGCAAUCAUCUUGUACCUGCAGUCCUUCAAGUUUGGUCUUGGUGAAGAGGUGUACAUUCACUGUAAGCUGGUUGCAUGGGAUCCUGACGGUCUUAAUGAAAACAAGAAAGCCUGUCAUUAUGUAAAAGAAAGUGGAAGUUGGGAACUCCUAGAUGACCCAUUUCAAAGCACCCUCUGUAGCUGCUGUGAUUCUACCUGCAAGUCCCGGUUCAAGAGAAAAGCUGAAUCAGAGUCCCAGGGCCUGAUUCAAAAGUCUGUGCUGGGACCCCUGAUCAUAGUGGAUCCUUCAGAUACAAGGACCAACACGUCAAGUCUUGAACUACAGACCAAGGAAAAAACCCAGGCUAAGGUCGCUGUAGGAAGCCCAAUGGAUUCUGCACAAGUGAGAGGAACCAAGAAGUGAUGGCUUCAACCAACUUCUGAGGCUUUGGGAGAUCAAAUGUUACCUCUGGGCUUAAGAAUAAAAAUACUGUCUGCUUGAGUCAUUUAGAGCGAUGGUGAACUAGAUGUUAUUGCCAAAACGGUGGACAUAAUACAGUUUCUGUUGGUGUGAAAUAAAAUAAGCCUGGUUUAACUGUUA